AUGAUGCGCGUUCCUCGACAAGCCUUUUCCACUGCUGCCCGUAUUCACCCCAACAUUGUUCCUCACCUCCAUCCUCAGAAGAGAAUGUCUUUUGGAAAAUUGGUCAAGCCCAUCGCAGCCGUUGUAGCUGUUGGUUAUGGCGCCAAGCUCUCACUCGAGAUGGCCGCAAAACGCCGCAUUGCUCAAAUGGAAGCCACGGAACGCGAGAACAUCGCCUAUCGAGAGCGAAACGAGGCUCUCAUGAACAUGUACGGUGAUCGAUCAAGUCUCGACGAACUCGAAAAGGCCGUCCAAUAUUACGAGAAGCGAUAA